AUGCGCACUCGAUCCGCCCCUGCCCCGAAACCAUCACCGUCCGAGAAACAAUCCCAAUCGCAGCCGGCGAAAGCUACCGUGAAGCCCAGCAAGACAUUCAUUCUCCCUUCCUCUGCCAGCCCAGACGCCAGGUUUGUGACCCUGCCCAAUCCGCGAACAGGAGAUCCGACCCGCUACCUCUUCUGUCCGAAGCUCGGAGUGUACGAGUUCACGGUCGUCGCAUCGCAAUUCCCGCGGAGCAUUCUCUAUACUUCCACAGAGGGCAAUGGCUCAGUCUCCAAGACGGCAGAGCUUCUAGUUGCUACACCAAUCGAUAUCUUGUUCUUUGCGAUACCCUUGCUAUGCUCUUCGCGCUCCUCCAACGAGGGGAAGAGGCUGUUCCAGCCACUGGACGAUAUUAUCGACUCCAAUGACGACUUGCCCAAACACCUCCGAUAUAUCUUGUACAAUGAGUCCUUCAGAAACACACUGCUCCGCCGGGUAGAUGCGGUUUGCGAUUCCGUUGAAGCGGGUGACGAGAGAAUGUUCCGAGUCAAUGAAGCCAAAUUCCUACGGGAAUUACUGGCAAAGGCAGAGCGCAUGGCUGCGCAAGGUCUUCCGACGAGCUUAGAGGAACGUUUCGUCAAACAGGCUCUAGCUGUGCCUUUGGUAUCUGUUGCAAGGACCGAUAUAGCCACCUCCUCGACACCCGCCAAAGAAGGCGAUAAAGAAGCCGAGUUCCAAGAGAGCAAAGACUCACAGUUCACAUCGGCAACUACUACGGCCAGCUCGGUAUCGGGUCCUUCAACGCCCGCAACAGACUCAACCCCAAUACCAGCCGCUGAAGAGCUCCCAGAUCAACAAGCCUGCCCAGAUUCAAUAGUUCGACUUCAAAGAAUCUCAACCGCCUUGAAUUUCCUAAAAACAUCCUACGUCUCUGCAGACCUUUGCUCCAAACUUGACGGGCUGCUUUCUGCACCAGAAAGUCCGAUUGAUUUCAAGCCGCUGCAAGAUCACCUAAAGUACCUAGCUGAUCUACGCGCUGAGGCCCUGGCUUCCCGAUCUCUAGGUGACUUUAGCCGCAAGCGCAACGCAGAAGAUGACGACGCUGCAGAGUCGCGCGCUGAAAAGAAGCGUCGCAUGGAAGAAGAAGAAAAGAAAAGGAAGUCAGGGGAGUCGAGGGGUGUAAGGGAACUCAAAAAGGUUAACACAAGCGGGAUGAAGAAAAUGAGUGACUUCUUCGGAAAGUCAGCCCCCAGGGCGGCUCCUAAGAAGAAGUCAUAA